GCUAGUGCAACACAGACUCUGGUGCUGCAAUGCGCGUAAAAGGCGCGUUUGCGUUUUUACGCACCGUGAAAAGUUUUUAAGCGGUGGAUAGAUUGUUAUUGAAAUAUCCACGUAAAAUAUCUACAUCUCCUGAAUUCACUUUUUCCAAGACAGAGGGGUCUUCAAGUGGACAUUUCACCGACUACAGUUAUGCCCGCUGCAAAGUGAGGCUGCGGCAGUGACGCUUUCACAAACUUUCCAUUGUCCACUUUGCAUUUGGAACUUUCCAACUGUUGUAAAUUGAAUUAGUUUUUAAUUCCAGUGGGUUUAGUGUGACUUUCAUUCCUAGACGGCAGAAUGGAUCCUUUAUUCGAUACCACCGAUGGGCCAAACUGGACCACCAGCUACAACAACACCAAUAACGGUACGGUGUACUGGAACCAGUUUGUGCAGCCAGUCUGGAGAAUAGUGCUCUGGGCCAUUGCAUACAGUUGUAUAGUGAUCGUGUCCGUGGUAGGUAAUGUUACAGUGAUCUGGAUUAUUAUGGCGCAUAAACGCAUGAGGACCGUCACCAACUAUUUCCUGCUGAACCUGGCGUUCGCCGAAGCCUCCAUGUCCGCCUUCAACACGGUGAUCAACUUCACCUACGCUGUGCACAACGAGUGGUACUUCGGACUGGUCUACUGCCGCUUCCACAACUUCUUUCCCAUCGCGGCUGUGUUUGCCAGCAUCUACUCAAUGACUGCCAUCGCUCUGGACAGGUACAUGGCCAUCAUCCACCCUCUGCAGCAGCGCAUGUCAUCCACAGAGACCAAGGUGGUGGUGGCAGUGAUCUGGGUCCUGGCCCUGCUCCUGGCCUUCCCUCAGUACUACUACUCCAACACGGACCAACUCCCCGGCCGGGUGGUGUGCUACAUCGACUGGCCCGAAUACUCCGUGUGUGACUUCAAAAAGAUGUACUAUGUGUGUGUGGCCAUCCUGAUCUACUUUCUUCCCCUGCUGGUGAUGGGUUGUGCUUAUCUGGUGGUGGGACUGACCCUCUGGGCCAGUGAGAUCCCCGGAGACUCCUCUGACCGCUACAAGGAACAGCUGACCGCCAAACGCAAGGUGGUGAAGAUGAUGAUCGUGGUGGUGUGCACGUUUGCCAUCUGCUGGCUGCCUUACCAUGUCUACUUCCUGCUGCACCAGUUCUUCCCUGAAAUGUUUGAGGAAACGUUCAUCCAGCAGGUCUACCUGGCCAUCAUGUGGCUGGCCAUGAGCUCCACCAUGUACAACCCAAUCAUCUACUGCUGCCUCAACGACAGGUUUCGUGCUGGUUUUAAACAAGCCUUCCGCUGCUGCCCCUGUGUCCCUCAAGGCUCUUACGAAGGCCUGGAACUCAAGUCCACCCGCUACCUUCAGACUCAGACCAGCGUUUACAAGGCUAGCCGGAUGGAGACCACGGUGUCCACUGUUCUCCAGGGUGGGGACGACAUGGAGCAGCCCAAGGUAAAGGUGACAGCUGGUCCAGGGCCUGGUGGGGCUGAUGUUAGAGCCAGACCACAUAGCUCCUCCCUGGACCUCACCUCGAAUGGGUCAUCAUCCCGGAGCGUCUCCAAAACAGUUUCAGAGACGUCCAGUUUCUACUCCAGUAACAACCUGCAGGAAUAGACCUCAAACACAGGCGGCAUUAUGUCGGACAGCAGGGACAGAGUGUGAGUUGACUGUUCUUUUCCCUGCAUGUGUUCAUGCAGAUGGGCAGAGUGAAUGUGUCAGUUUGUCAGACUGUGAAUGUGUUUUUGAUGAGUACAUUGCCAGCGUUUCCACUGGAACAUCUUGUUAGGUAAUUUGCAAGUGAGACUAAGUUCCUGUUCACUGAGUGCUAUCCUCACCCACAGCGCCCCUUGUAUAAAGUACUCGUACUUCUUACAGUUAAUGAUCAGCAGCAAAAAGUGAUGAACACUUCGACGACGUGAGCACAUUCCAGUUCAAAAGCUAAACUGAAGCAGACGCUAGCGCUUUGAAUCUUCACAGCUUCUGCUUGUCAUAUCAGCCUUCUCUCAGCGCAGAGCGAAGGUUCACACAUCCUCAAUCACACAAGCUGUGUGACUUCACACAGUCUAUUUUGGCGUCGAGCUUUAACAUGAGACCAGCAUGCUGUGAACACAGUGGCUCCUCAUCUUAACAGGGAUGUUCUCUGCAAAGAGAGAGCUCGGAGACCUCAGGUUUCCCGAAAAUUAUCAACACCUGGAGUGGAGAGGAACUCUCUCCCCAAAAGAUACACUUUGAAAACAGAGGCAGAUGUGUGGUUUCAGUUGAAAGGCUCUCCCAGAAGAGGUGGUGGAGGGAAGAAAAACAACAAAGCAUAAACUCUGAACUUUGCAUGUGUGUGCAUCGUAUAUCAGCUGAUCAGAAUGCCAACUCCAUCACCGAGCAGGACAAGUGCCCGUGUCUGGAUGAAGGAGUGCUCCCAGGAUCCCCUGCAGGCACUGCUGAAAAGUUCUGGCUGUCACCUGAACAGCUUUCAGCUGAUUAAACAUUGAUUUUAACAGCUGGGAGCAUCAUCUCAACAUCACAGAGAUGCUUUAAAUGCUUCAGAGGCAACAGCAAACCUCAAGUUUUACUAAAACCUGAGUUCCAGGUUAAAUCCUCCAUGACACCACUGAAUCCAGACGCUGGUGUGUAGCUCUCAGAUCAAUCUGUGAAAGUAAGCAGACAAAAUGUUCCAGUUUCCUCCUUUAUCAAACACAUGAAACUGGGUGGUGGCACCUCUUUCAAACUAGUAACAUGCACUCUGUGUCUUAAUGCCAUUUGGCUGGAUUACCUUUACACCUGACGUUAACGUGUCUUCGGUACAUACUUAUAUAGUUUCUUGGCUGUUUAAUCUGUGUGCAUUUUCUUGGAUUUUUCAUGGUUGUUAAUGUGGCUAAAGUCACCUCUGACCACGUCUUCAGGUGGCUAAAGUAAUAAGGUAAGCUUCUUUCAUAUAUCUAUAUUUUACAUGCUGUUUCUCCAUCUAAAUGCAAUCCAGUCAUUAGAUGCAUGUUAAUAUCAGGUUUAAAGGGCUUUGUAGAGGUUUCAGUGUGGAAUGUGCACAGGCAGCCUGCUAGCUGUAGCUCUCUCAUAUACAGUGAUGUGCCUUGCUGCUUAGCAUAAUGUCUGUAAAAGGGCAAAAGGAGCAGAGAAGCAGCUCACUCUGCUGGGGUCCAGGAAAAGGAUUGUUAGAUAACAGAGGCUACGGAAGCCCACUGGGACAAACUGUCUUAACCUCCUGCAGUGGUAAACACACACACACACACACACACAAACAUACAGAGGAACAUACAAACAAACUGUCUUACUACAGUGGCAAAUCUUAUUACUUUCAACAGAUUUGACCCAAUAAUCAAACUUAUUGCAAGAUAUUUAAUUGCCAGAGGUGAAUUUCAUUUGUGACCAUUUGUUAAAAGAAGUUAAUUAAUGCAAGCCAGAAUAUUUGUGGUUUUAAACUAAAUCUGCAAUAUUGACACAUUUGCUAUGUGCACAGAACAAACACACAGAGUAAGCCACAGACAUCCACCAAAUAAUGAAACUGUAAUUUAUCAGACACUGACACACACAGAAGGGGAACAAAACCCAUUUCAAUAAGUGUAAGUGAAGUAUCUAAGUAUAAAAUUCAUAUUUUUCUUGAAACAGGGGAAACAAGUUUUGCCAAGUGGACUUGUUUUGCAUUGAAAAUCAAUUAUGUUUUGUGGAAAAAAUAUUAUUUUUAGACCCAGUACUCGAUUAAAUCAUGUUCCAAGAUGGAUACACAACACAUGCACACACUUACAGAGAGAGAGCACCUGCUAAUACCCGUCAUUCAACAGUCACACACAGAGAAACACUCUCCACAGUCCCCCCCGCUCACUCCUGCUCUAUUCUCAGCACACAAAAUCUGUUGUUAUAAAUUCCACCGUCAGCUGAUGUAAAACUGAGGAGUCGAUGUGAAGCAACAUGACUUAACUGGCAUCACAAAGACAAUCAGUUUUAUAUCUCUGUAUUCAGAUUACAAAACCUUGUCUUGGUGACAUGGAAACAUAUCAACAACUAAUGCUGAAGUAACAACAGAGGCAGGGUAUGUUGCAGGGACAACAGGAGGUCACAUUCAGUGCAAGGAGAAAAUCGAAGACAUACAACAGACUUUAGACCGUAUUAAAAACCUUCACAGAGGCUACAAUACAAACGUUAUGCAUCCUGCAGAGCUUUUGGGAGAUUAAUGUCUUGGCUGAGUCAUCAGUUCACUGAUGAGAGCAUGAAAAUCACAGAUCUCUGGCUUUGAUGCUGCAGGCUAACACAUUAACAUACACUGUGUUGAAUGAUAGUCAAUGACUUCCUGUCGGAAGUAAGAAGAUUCAGAGAAGAGGAACGUCUACUACAACUAUAAUACACAUUUGGUAAGGUAGUGGUUUAUAUGAUAUGUCAUACAGAUUCAUCAGUUUUAAAAAUGAUAUAACAUUAACCAAAUAUAUUACUUUAAGUGAUGUAGGUUUGUUUUUGGACAUCAUGAAAUCAUUCACAGCACAGUGAUGUACACAGCUGGAAACACAAGGAUUUCCUUUGGAAUACAGAGAAAAAAUGUCAUUAUGUAUAAAAUAUUUCAUUGUCAACAUAAUGUCAAACAGUUUAGCCUGAGGACGUUCAACACGGGUCAACAGUGGCGUUUACUUGAUAUUCAAGGUGUGAACACAUGACAGACAGCCAGCAGCAAUGUACCAAGUUAAAGAUAAAUACAGUCAUACUCUACUUUGAAUUUAUUGGUAACACUCUGUGAUUAAUAACAUGCAGGGUGAUUGUAAGAACAAACAGUUGGGAUUGUACCUGCUUUCCAUUAUUUACACCUUGCUAUGACAAGGACUCCAUAAAUACACUGGUAGACAGCUGACAGGCCUGCAGCACAUGACGCAUGGACGCAGCAGUUGUAUAUGUUGAACUGUUAGCAAGACCAACGCAAGACUUAUUACCAUACAGUGGUGUAUCGUUGGUGUCACUAUAACUCAACAUAGUGUGUGUGCUCAGAUGUUGUCUUGUAGUGUAUUGUAUGCUGCAGUGUUGCCAGUGAUUUAUUUAGUACAGAUGAGUUGUAAAGUUUUAAACAGCAGUGACACAAUAUCAUUUUCUAGUGAUGUUUUCCUUUCUUUUGAUUUAUGUAGCUGAUGAUUUUAUUUAGCAGAUGUAUCAUUAUAUUUCAACCACAGAGGCCCAAACACAGAGAACGUCAUUGCGGUUGACGUUAUUAAAACAUUGUUAUCUGAUUGCAUUAUGAGUGCGACCUGCCCCCUCGGUGCCUCCUGCUGUGAUAGGAUGAGUUGAAUAGGAAAAUGCUGUGUGUAAAUUAGCUCAUAAGUAUACUGGAGUGUGGAUGAGUUUGUUGUUGUCCUUAUGAGGAUCAAUAACCUCUCAAGGACAGUAAGAUGGAGAAUGUUUUUUAUUCCUCAUCUCAACAACUUACAUUCAGGUUUAUGACCUGCUGAAAGAAAUUCAUAGAACAGGAUUUGAACUAUUUUGUGGGACUUUUUUUUUAAAUACAUUAUUUAAACUCUUUGACCCUAGAUUACUGUUUGAACAACUUUUUGACCCAAUCAAAGAACAUUAAAUUCAGCUCGUACAAACAAAUGUACAAAUGUACAUGGAGUCAUAACAUGUACACCGCAUUAUAAUAUCAAAACAAUUGUGAAUCUCUCCAGUUGUAUGGAUGCAGCGUAACCUCAGAGCUCUUGGUGUAGCAGCUGUAGGUAACGCAGAAGCAUAAAUCCAGUUUAAGUGUAAAGCAAGAGUUUCCUUUUAACCUGUAAGCAGAGGAUGACUCAACCAGGCAAAUAUAGUUUAACCAACCCUGUCAAAGUGAAAUGAAUCUUGAUCUGAUUUUAGUCAGAGCAAGGUUAAAAAUUCAUAUUAAAUUUGAAUCCCAAACAAGCCCACCAAAUUAAAUUUUAGGGGCAAAUGGGGCCUAAUUUGAUACAGCAUGUCCAUUCAUUAUAAUGUAGCAUCAGCUGCCUGAGCCAGUGAUGGGAAUGUAAAAGUUGAGUGAGUACUGUGAGCGUGCUCUCCAAAAAGGACCAAUCUUAUCCUCUCAUCUUUUUAUUUAUUUAUUUUUCUGAUUUGACCGCGGUACCCUAAUCAUAACCAGCAAGCCAUGAAUAAUCCACACCCUGCGUCCUGAAUGCGGAGUAUGUUCCCUCGUACGCCCAUCACUCGGACAGGUCAAGUGGAGCGAGUGAACGAGAGGCUGGGGCUUUAAUGAAUGUGUAAUCAACUUUGUUCAACGAGUGCUCCUUAAAUGAGCGUACGGCUGGCUUUCUCUCUCUCUCUCUACCUCUCUAACGCACACACAGCCGUUGCUGAUGAGAGCUGUAGCGAUGGAGACAAAAGAUGCCAGCUUGUUGCUGAGGAGAGGCGCCAGGCAGGCUACACAGCAGGGUGAAUAGUCUCAUCAGCACCAUCUCUUCCUGUGUUUCUAUCCAUCCCUUGCUCUCCAAUCAUGCUAAUUACAGCAGAGAAGUGGAGAGGGCAACCCGCCGAAUACACACACAUAAUGUGCUAUCAGGUCUUAUCAUUAAAUAGGGUGAAAAUCUGAAGAUUGCUAUAUCAGUGACAUGGGUACAUGCUCAAGUGUGUGUGUGUGUGUGUGUGUGUGUGUGUGUGUGUGUGUGUGUGUGAGUGUGAGUGUGAGUGAGAAAGUGGGAACAGAUUGGUGCACUUAGCUGCCACUGUGGCCUAAGUUGUUUGUGUUUUGAGUGUGCCAACACAACAUAACUAGUCAUUAAUUGUCCAUACAUUCAGUGAUACAUCACCCACAGUGCACUUCAUUGACAGAAACAUGUUACUUAUAAGAAUGUGUACACAUUUUGAGUUUAGAGUAAAUGGCAUUAGGUGUAUCAGUGUAUAAGUGAGAAAUUCUCUGUAAGGGUCAAGGUGAAGAACAGCCUUUAUAUUUAUAAUCGAUGUUAAGAUGUGCGUCGCUGCAGUCACUCUCAGUAUUGUUGCUUUGUGAAACUGCUCUAACUACCUACUCUCCGGUUUUCUUCAUCUUGUACAAAUGCCAACAUUUCCAGUGGUAUCUUUUGUGAAUCUACUUCUGAUUGUGACAUUUUGAAAAAAAAGAACUAACCUUGAACUAUAAUGUAGAAAUAUCUGUAUCUGUGUUGUGUUGUAAAUGAAUAAAUCCAUGGAAGGAUGUCCAGUAUCACA